GCUGAAUCCCAAGUCUGCAAGCUCAACAUCAUCCACGCCCUCAUCUGGCUCCUGAUGGCCGCCCAGGUGACGGUGAGCCAGCUGGGCCUGGUCUCCCACCGCCUGGUGGCCCAGCCCUACCAGUGGGAGUACCCCUACCUGCUCAGCAUCGUGCCCUGCGCCCUGAGCCUCCUGGCCCUUCCCCGCAACAACAUCAGCUACCUGGUGCUCGCCAUGAUCAGCGCCGGGCUGUUCUGCGUCGCUCCGCUCAUCUACGGCGCCAUGGAGAUGUUCCCCGUGGCGCAACAGCUCUAUCGCCACGGCAAAGCGUACCGCUUCCUGUUUGGCAUGCCGCUGAUGUACCUGGUCGUCGUGGUCGCGGUGCUGGUGCACGGCUGGCAGAUCUACUACAGCAAGCGGCUGCUGGACCAGUGGUUCAAGCGGACGCAGGAGAAGAAAAAGUAGGGCUGGACUUCCUGUUAUUCCAACAUGGUGGGUGGGACAUCCUGUUACCUGGAUGGGCGGGGCAUCCUGUUAGGAUGGGUUGGAUGUCCUGUUGGAGUGACGGGAA